UUUACAUGGGAAAGGUGUAAAGUAUGGCUGGCUUUUACUUUUAUUUAAUAUUCUUUCUACGUUUUUGUUUCCUAUUUACGCUUUUCGGGAACGCAUUUUGUGCUGAUUGUUUCAAAUCAGUCACACCUAUUAUUCACAAGACAUCUUCCCCACCGUUAAAUUCAAAUUAUAACAUUGACAAUAUUGGUUAUUCAAGUACAAUACCAUGGGUUGGUUCAGGAAGAGAAAGUUGGUUUAGUUUACGUUUUCCCUACCCAGUUAUCAUAAAGCAAUUAUUAUUGAAGGGAGGAAAAGUUGACAUAAAUGGUGAUGGUAAACUUGAGGAUUGUUAUGUUACAAGAUUCGCAAUGCAUUAUACAGUUGAAAAUGGUGAAACAAAGAAAUAUCCCAAAGUGAAAGACAAUACUGGUCUUCGUUAUGUUAAUCUUUCCAUUUCUGACCCAGUGACAAAUAUCAACAUAACCAUAAAGAAAUAUGUGGGUUGUGCAGCUGUGAAUUUGGAUGUGUUAUCUUGUGGUCAUUGUUCUAGACUUCCAAAUAUUAACAAUCAAAUUUUGACCUGUUCUGAUGAUUUUCAAAAAUGUACAUACAAAUGCAAGUCAGGAUAUGAAAUGAGAAAUAAGUUAAAUGAUGGAGUGAGAAUGUGUCAACUAAAUGGUGCAUGGUCUGGUGCUAAUAUUAGUUGUGUUGAUGUAAACGAGUGUAAGAAUAAUGUUUGUGGAAGAAAUGAAGAGUGCAUCAACAAACUUGGUACUUACAGAUGUAAUUGUAUGGAAGGUUACACAGGAAAACCUUGUGAAGACAUCAAUGAGUGCAAUGGUCCCAAUAUUUGUAAUGUAAACGCCAACUGCAUCAACAUUGAAGGAAGUUACAAAUGCCAGUGUAAGGAUGGCUAUAGAGGUGAUGGAUUAAACAAUUGUAAUGACAUCAAUGAGUGCAAUGGUCCCAGUAACUGUCAUGUAAACGCUUAUUGCACCAACACUGAUGGAAGUUACAAAUGCGCAUGUAACAAUGGCUUUAGUGGUGAUGGAAAAAGGAAAUGUGAAGACAUCAAUGAGUGUGAUGCUGACCCCAAUAUCUGCAAUGUAAAAGCUUACUGCACCAACACUGAAGGAAGUUACAAAUGCCAGUGUAAGGAUGGCUAUAGAGGUGAUGGAUUAAACAAUUGUGAUGAUAUUGAUGAGUGCAAUGAGAAUAAACACAGAUGUGUUUUUCCUGAAUUGUGUAAAAAUAAUGUUGGAAGUUAUACGUGUAGCAGUUAUAGUGGUUAUUCUGGUGAUGGAAGGUCAUGUACAGACAUCAAUGAGUGUGAUGCUGACCCCAAUAUUUGUAAUGUAAACGCUUACUGCACCAACACUGAAGGAAGUUACAAAUGCCAGUGUAAGGAUGGCUAUAGAGGUGAUGGAUUAAACAAUUGUAAUGACAUCAAUGAGUGUAAUGUUCCUGGUAACUGUCAUGUAAAUGCUAACUGCACCAACACUGAAGGAAGUUACAAAUGCGCAUGUAACAAUGGCUUUAGUGGUGAUGGAAAAACAAAAUGUGAAGAUAUUGAUGAGUGUGAAGUUGGCAGCUUUAACUGUGAUGUUAAUGCUAAAUGCAUCAAUCUUGAUGGAAGUUACAAAUGUAUGUGCAAGAAUGGUUAUAGUGGUGAUGGAAAAACGAAUUGUGUGGACAUUGAUGAAUGUUCGGAGAAGAAAGAUAACUGUAGCGACCCUCCACGAGCUAAUUGUACAAACAUUCCUGGAGGUUUUAAUUGUGAAUGUCUUCCUGGAUAUAAAGGCGAUGGAGUAAUGUGUAGAGGUAGAACUGUCGAAAUUACAGACUUUAAACCAGAAACUACUAAUGUAAUAUUGCGUUAUGGGAAAAGACUCGACUUAUUUUGUCAUGCAGAAGGUUUGCCUAAACCUUCAAUAACAUGGCACACACCAAAUGACGACUAUCCAGCAAAAGAAGGAGUUUCCUUUUUCAUUGAACAUGUGAAAUUGACUAAUUCUGGUGUUUACAAGUGUAUUGCAAAUAAUAAUGAAACUAAAGACAGCUUAACGUUUAAUUUAACUGUUGAUGGUCGAGCUGAUCCACCCUCCGACGUAACUGUUCAGGAUAUACGAGACAAUUCUGCUACUGUUACUUGGAGUAAGCCAAUUUAUCAGGGUGCAGAUGCCAUUACGGGAUACAAGGUGGUCUACAAACAAAUUGUUACUCAGUUUGUUUCUGAGAUAUCAUCUUAUUUUACGGAAAUAACUCUCCGAGAUUUGACUCCAAAUAAAGAAUAUGAAGUAUGGGUGGUUUCUAUUAAUGCACAUGGAAGUAGUAGGAGAGGAAACUCAGGAAAAUUCUCCACUCUUGCGGAAGAACCAGUUAAAAUGACACAACCUAAAGCCAAGGAAGGAUCGACAACGUCAUCAUCGGUCAAGAUACAGUUGAUGAAACAUGGCGGUGACAAUGUCAAAAUACAAAUUAUUGCUGAAAAAAAUAAAGAUGUAUCUACGAGAAAAAGAAGGGAACCUCCGACUUUACCAGACAUCAUUCAGGGCUACGAACAAGAAAGAUGCAAUGCUACAUGUGUUUAUAUUGCUGCUGAAGUGGAAAAUAACUUUACUGAGUUUGUGGUUGGUGAUGGCGAAAUGUACGGAAAAUAUGAAAAUGUUGAACUCUUACCUGAAACGAGUUAUUAUAUUUACGCAAGAGGAGUCUCGUAUAACGAUAAAAUGGAACCAAACUUUGGAAAGCCUUCGGAUCCUUUGAAAAUCUCAACAAAAGGUGUAGAUGUUGACAGAAAAAGUGGUGGGAAUGUAGUGGGAAUUGCUGUUGGAGUAACAAUAUCUUUGCUUCUGGUUAUUGCUCUUGUUUUUCUUGGAGUGAUUUAUUAUAGAUCACGACAACAGAAGAUCGUAGAGAUUGAUCCUGAAACUGGAGAGAAGAAAGAGCCAAACUCAGAACUUCUUCCUCUUACAAAGAAAGGCAAUGGGAAAAGGAAAAAUAGUCAAGUGGAAGAUGGUACUCCCGACCCUAAUCAUCCACCUAUUCAUGUUUCCGGUUUUGCAAAGUAUGUUGGCAAGCUUCACAAGUCAGACGAUCGUGGAUUUAUGAUCCAAUACAACACUCUCGAACCGAAUAAAACAUACACAAGUGACUUUGCUACAUCUCCAGAAAACAAAGAUAAGAAUAGAUACGCCAACAUUAUUGCAUAUGAUCAUUCUAGAGUUCAUCUAAAACAGUUAGAUGAUGAUGACAGUAAAACUUACAUCAACGCUUCUUUUAUAGAUGGAUAUAACUCUGCAAAUGCAUACAUAGCAACUCAAGGACCGCUUUCGUCUACAUUUAAUGAUUUUUGGCGAAUGAUAUGGGAGAAAAGUGUUUCGGCAAUAGUUAUGUUAACAAACCUACAGGAAAGACAUAAGCUAAAAUGUCAUAAAUAUUGGCCUGAAGAUUCUGAAUCAUACGAUCAAAUCAUUGUGACCGGUACACGACGCGAACAGUAUGCUGAUUACGUCAUUAGGACAUUUCUUUUGAAGAAUGAAACAGACGAAGAACGCGAAGUCAAACAGUUUCAUUUCACUGUUUGGCCAGAUCAUGGAGUACCAGAAUAUCCUACGGCUUUGCUUGCCUUUCAGAGACGUGUACGAGCGUAUAGCUCACGUGAUUAUGGACCUCUAGCUGUGCAUUGCAGCGCUGGAGUUGGUCGAUCCGGUACAUUUAUUGUUAUCGAUGCCAUGUUAUCCCGAAUACAAAAUGAAGAAACAAUCGACAUUUACAACUAUGUGAGAUAUUUGCGAACAAGAAGAAUGCAUAUGGUACAGACUGAGGAGCAAUAUGUGUUCUGUCACGAUGCUUUACUUGAGUCAAUAUUGUGCGGUAACACUGAAAUCGCUGCUCAUAAUUUACGUAUUGAAAUGAAUAAAUUGAGGCAAAAAGACCCCACAACUAAAUCGUCAGGUUACGAGUCACAAUUCAAGACAUUGAGUAGAGUGUCUCCUUCUUUGCCGAAAGAGUCGUUUACUGUGGCAACGAAAUCAGAGAAUGUUUCUAAGAACCGUUUUCAUGGAAUUCUUGCUUCUGAUCAUGGUAGAGUUAUUCUGGAUGAAAAUGACGACAAAUGCGAUGGUCCUUACAUUAAUGCUGUUUUUCUUGAUGGUUAUAAACAACAAAAUGCUUUCAUAGUCACUCAAGCACCAUUGAAAGAAACCAUUUGUGAUUUCUGGCACAUGUUAUAUGACAAACGUUCGGCCUGUGUUGUUGUUUUUAUUAAUCUCGAUGAAGAGGAAGGAGAUUUCCCCGAGUUUUGGCCUGCUGAAAACUCACAAGAUUAUGGUGAAUUUAAUGUUGAAUUGAUGUCCGACGCGUCUAGAGUUGACGCAGAGAGUGAAGAUAAGUCAAAUGAGGAUGAUGAAAAUGCAGAUAUGAUCGAAAGGAAGUUCAAAAUCACAAAAAAUGAAGACAAGCCUUUUAAAGUGAAAAUGUUUCAACAUCUUUCAUGGAAAGAGACGUCGGUGCCUACUGAUGUAUCCAUGAUUAUUUCACUGAUCCAGAGUAUUGAAAAAUGGCAACAACAUUCAGGAAAUGGCCCCAUAACAAUUGUGUGCAAUGAUGGUCAGGGUCGCAGUGGAACCUUUGCAGCUUUGUGUUCUGUUUUGGAAAGAGUAAAGAUAGAGCAAGUCGUCGAUGUAUUUCAAACUGUAAAAGCUUUGCGUAUACAAAGACCUGGAGUUGUCAAACAUGUGGAUCAAUACGAAUUCAUUUACGUCGGAGUCCAGGAAUAUUUGGAUAGCUUUUCCGAUUAUGCUAAUUUUAAACAAAUCGAAUGAAUUAUCAUGAAACAAUUGAAUUUAAAAAUAAUUUCGUAAGUUCAAUAUAUACUAAGUAAAUAUAUUUUGUAAGCAAUUCAUAUUUUGAUAUGUACCAUAUCAUUAAUAUUUUAGUCUAGAACUUCUAAAUGUACCUUGCACAUUGGUUCGUUUAUCAUUGAUAAGCGUUUUCUGUUCGUGUUAUUUGCGUUUUUUUCAAAAACAAUAGCAUGUAAAUAAAGCAUGUAAUGAAAUAAUUAAAAAUAAUGUGAAAUAAAAGUUGCCAAUGAAAUAGCAGUAUUUUGCUUGGCGGUGGGAAUGAGUUGACGUACGAAUUUUCACAUGAGAAGGCAAAAAUUUGAUUAACUGAUUAAAAAUCUUGUAUUCUGUGUGUCUUUGGUUGAAUAAAUUCACCAACAUUAAUUGUA